AUUUGAAGAACACAUUAACGAAUGGUUUUCGAAAAUGUGGUCUCGUGCCUUGGGACCCGAACGCCGUAAAUUACGCGAUGCUUCCGGAGGUCCACAACGCAGAUCCUGAAGCGGCAAGUAAUGGCACAGACAAUUCCAGUGACCCCGAGGAUGCGCAGGUCGCAUUACUUUCGUCUCUUGAGGACUAUCUCAAAGUUGGUCAGCUGAAGUUGUUUAUGGAACAUCAAGCUGCUGCCGUGUGGCCAGGACCAGCGGAGGAUACGAACUUAUUUUACGUAUGGCAGCAAAUCAAGAAAAAUCAUGUAUUCCGUUCGUCCAACGAAACAUCUUCCGAACUAGUUGAUGCUUUCCAAGGAUUCGACGAAGCUUCCCUUGAAGAUGAGCGCACUGCAGACAACCGAAGUUUUGCAGCACUAUUGGACAGCAUUGUGAAUGAAAAAUCUCUUGAUGAAAACUCGCUUGAACUUCCGUUAGAGCCUACUAUUUCUGCAAGCUCGUCAAAGUCAUCACGUCCGGCUGAAGACAUGAACAGCCGAGAGGAUUUUCUUGAGAAAGCAUUCACCAUACCAACGGUUUCAAGAAAAUCACCAAAGCGUGCGAAGUCAAAUCGUCCACGACCACCUGCAGUGGCUACGAGCGAGGAGUUCCGAGAAUGGUACAAAGAGAUGGAACAGAAUAAGGAAAACGAAGAACAGAAACGCCAAGAAAAGAAAGCUGCCAGAGAAACAAAAAGGAAGAAGAAAACUAGUUAUGUAAAACAACGUCCGAAAACUAAGACACAAAAGCCACGUUUAUGAACUGCGAACUUGAUUGUAAUUUUGAAAAUAUCAAAUCAAAUAAAGAACGUAAAGCAUGUUCCUUUUAACGUGCCUCAACUAAAGUUUUUUUUUUAUUAUUUGCAGCAAAAUGGACUACAAAGCAACUCCUGUUUGAGCGAAAAUUAUAAGUAAAAUAGAAACUGAAAUUAUUUAGAACAAACGAGAAUUUUAAACCAUGCGCAAUGUUAGGAACAUCAUGCGCAAAGUUUGGCACAAUCUAGAUUUUAUGCGCAAUGUUAGGCACACGGUAUUGAAUCACCUUUUACAUUUCAUUCAAUUUUUAUAAUUCACUAUUAUUCUUUUUUAACUAUGCUCCUUACUAAAGGGUUAAAGGCCAAUCGUUGACAACGAUUUAAAUACUUAAAAACAUAUUUUGGCAUUUUUUGUAGAGAAAAUAAGAUUAGAAUUUCUUAACUGCGCAAAGUUAGGUGCGUACACGGUA